CCAUGGCAACUUCCAAGAACACUUUUUGUUUCUUUCGUUAACAACCUUAUCGUAGCGUCAUCACAGGAGCCCCGGGAGACAAAGCCAUUGCGCACAAAGCAAAACGAUAGUGGAGUUACUCGACCCGGCGACUGCAGACGGAAGUGCUCACGGGGGAGGGGGGAACAUGGCGGCGUCCACUUCAUUUUUCGCGCUCUUGAAGUAAUCGCAGCGGCUUAUCAUCGCUGACCGUUCGUGAAGAGAUGUUUGCGUCCGGCUCCUCGGGGACGUGGGACUUGCAGCUGAAGUCUAUAAUGUCGGCCACAGACGGCAGUGCGGAGCGGAUCCGGGAGAGACUUAUCUCAACAGGAAGUGCACCGAAAGACCCUAUCCUUGGUGGAAUAAACCGAAGAGAGUUGACUCCUGAAGUGUCCUUGCCAAGCCUUGUCCACCCCCCACUUUGGAGUUCCACUGGGGACAAAGGAGUUUUGUCUGAGACCCCAUCCAGGGCUGUCGACGUUCUCUCUCACACGGUGUGGCGGUUGGAAAAGGACAGCGAGCGACAGCAGCAGCGCAUUCAGUCCCUUGAAGAUGAAAUCCGCCGGCUGCGCCAUCUUGAUUCAGGCAGGAGGGACUCGAGGGACCUGCUAGAGCGCAGAGUAGAGGACUGGAGGAAAGACGUGUCCACCGAACUGUACAGUCUGAAGGAGGAGCUAAGGAGACAGGCAGACCGAGGUCAAUACGAUGGCCGAGACCGGUAUCUUCUGAGAGAAGAAUCGGAGACCCUGCAAAGAGAGGCAGCAAACAUGAAGCAGAAGAUUAGGGGGCUCCAAGAGGACAUUGGGAGGCUCACGUCAGACCUGAGGGAGGUCAAUGCAACACAAGACAGGAAUAGCCAGAUGCUGCAGAAGCUAAUCGACAGCUGCCAGUCCCAGUCUCUGGACAUCAGUCAGGCCGUCUGCAGCCAUCGCACCACCGAGCAGGAGAUCAGUCAGAUAAGGUCAUCGAUCAAGGAUUUGAGGGAGGAAGUGAGAGGGUGGAAGUCGAACCUCUGCAAGAAGGACCCCCUGGAGCCGACUGGUGGGCCGCCAUCAGAAGUGGACGACUCUGAGCCCGACCUCAGCCUGGGGGACCUCAGCAGCUCUGAUGAGCUGUCAUCAUUGGCAGACGUGGGCCGUGGUGCAGGGCAGAGAGUGACCGCCACAUCAGUGUCUGACCUCGAGGACAGCGAAGUAGAAGAAAAAGGAAUCGACAAGGGGGCUGAAGACCUAAACCUGAGUGACCUGUAGCUCUGGGUGGCAGUGCCAGCCUCCCUGGGUGACCGAAUGAUGCCCGUCAUUCCCAUCUGUUGGACCCCCUGGUCACAUUGACACAAAACAAGGCUUAGAGAGGACUGUGCAGGCUCAGCAGAGCAUUCUGGGAAAAAAAGGCCACUCAGUAGGUGCAGCGGGCCAAUGGCACGCUCUCCAUUGUGUCGUCCUGUAGAGAGAGAGAGAGAGAGAGAGAAAACCUCAGCGGUGCCCCCAACAUCUGAAGUCCAUCAGAGGACCUGCCACCCUGUAUUACUACUGACCAUCGGCAGGUCCUGGAGGUGACGAAAUGUGGCCUGACUGGCAUUGUACCAGGACUUGAAGUACAGGACAGCAGCCACGAGGACCACCAUGAUGAUCAUGAAGACAACUGUGGUCACCAGGGGGUCCACUGCGGUUCCUAAAGAGUUCUCUGACUGGCGUGGCACACCUGGAUAGAGGAAAAUAAGAGACCCUUGAACCAUCCACUGAGGGUGGCAUCCCUGGUACCAACAUAAAAAAGUGAACCCUUACCCAUGUCAUCACCAAUGUUAAGGGUGGGUGCCACAUCCUCUGCUGUUGUGCUGGGGGCUGCUGGAGCAGUAGCCAGUGACUGGCCUGGCAGUGCCAUUGACCUGUGGGCUGAACACAGACAGAGAGGGGAUGGUCAGGGCAGGGACCUGCAAAAUGAAAUUCUGUGUUGCCACUGGAGAGUCUGAACUCAAUGACACCUUACUCGUCUGGCACCUCACAUGGGCCCAGGGUGUCACGGGUGGUAAGCUGGCAUGGAAUGUCUAUGUCACACCCCUGUUGUCAUCCCCCAUCAUGCCAUUCUGUCCACAUCACAUACCUGCUGCCAGUCACUUGUGCAGGCCUCACCCUCUGCUGCCCAUCAUUUAAUAUUAAUAAUAAGUUUUAUUGUAGGAGUGCCACUCCCGGGCUCACAGCAAUUAGACUGGUGUCACUGUAGCAGACACAAGAUGGCAGUUGAUCACCCUUAAUGACCAACAUCCACUCAGUCAUUUAACGGCAGGUGGGUACACAUGGGCUAUAUAGCGCCUUAGCACCGAUCCCCGGCUGUGAGUAGCAUCUCGAGGUCCUCGUCUGCUUUCAAGCCACAGACUUGGCACACAGGUGGCAGUUCUUACCCUAAGAUUGGUAAUGAGUGGCACCUAUGAAGGGUGACCAGCUGGACCUCACCAGCCUAACUGGGAUGGUCUGAAUAGAAGGGCACUGCCAUCCCUGCAGUUAAUGCCAUGUAAUUACUGCCUCCUAACAGAAUCCACCGAUGGCACAACAAGGAAAGCAACUCCAACUGGCACAUGGCAGUUAAAAAUAAAAACAAGAAAAGGCGGACAUCGGGGUCUUGACAAACCCCCCCCUCCCAAAGCCGGCCAAUCCCGACAUCUGCAAUAAUUUAAAAAAUGACAUGUACCCAACAGAUGGAAAUGGACAAGGCCAGUGUAAAUGUGACCACGGUGAUGGGUGGGUGGGUGUAUAUAGUGGGCACCAGCCUCGCCAAGGCUGCCAGGUUGGGGGUUCCUUUAAAAAUGUUCAUGUGAACUCCUCCGCUGUGACAGCAGAACCCCAAAUUCUACAUGAAAGCCUGGCACCAGCCACCUGUCUUUGCUCCGCCCACUCAUCUUGAAGCUUGUGUGUGAUUGGUUCGUGGUGGGAGCAGGAAAACAAAAAGUGUAAACUGAAAUAAAAUAAAAAACAACGGGAAUGAAAAACUAAAACAAAACUAUUAAAGCAGCUGAAAAGACCAACCAAGCACACUUCACAGCUGGACUGGCGCAGGGCAUAAUGUGGGCUGCAGCGCCCCCGAGAUGAGUCUGUGUAUGAAUGUUAGGUGUUCCUGUCUCAAGUCUUCUCUAACCUCCUUUGACCUCAGACACCUCGUCCACCACACUAAGAGAAGAACUUGACAAGUCCUGUAGAAACUGGACGUGCGGGUGCCCUUGAGCCCACUGAAGAGCCCAGUGCAGAAGUGUGAACUACUAAAUGCCAGCUGAAUGGUUAUAUACAGUAUGACCAGCUGGGCCACCUGCCAAAGACGCGUCGAUAUCAAAGUAAUCAGCGUCUGCAGUGCCCCAUCUGUUGGAAUGCAGUUCACACUGCAUGUAGCAAUUGAAUGCAAUGUAGUUUUCAUUCCAACAAAUGGUGCAUCACAAACACCUAGCACUGCUUUUAUAAAUCCCAUACCAAAUGGCCUAUGAUGGAGACGCAGUCACCUGUCCUUUUAUUAAGUUGUUGAUGUGUUUGCGGUGCACCAUCUGUUGGAAUGGAUUUUGUAAUGCAUGUAGUAAUAAAAUGCACCGCAUUUGCCAUUUCAGCGGAUGGCGCUUCACAAACAUUCGUAGUAUUAAAAUGUGUCACUGCAAGUGUUUGUGAUGCGCCAUCUGUUAGAAUGACAGACACGUAUCCUUUUACUACAUUAUAGUAAGUAGUGCAAUGUACAGGAGUGACAGCUGCCAUUCAAUGUGUCUUCGUACCGUCACUGUGGGUUACCCCUGCGUAAUAUUGAAGUACAAGCUGCAGUUGUAGAGGGACACGCGCCCCCUGCUGGACACACACUGUAUGGCAGUAUUUUGCAUUUAACGAAGCAUUGAAAUCAUCACUUGGGAGCUCCUUGUCCUCUGUCAUUAAAACCCCUCAAGCCUUAAAGUCCAUUGUCACGUGUCCUGUUUGUGGGAACAGAAGAAGAAAGACCAAAAAAACGACAAGAAUGGCAGAGCACUGCCAGUCCAGGACAGGAACGCCGCGUCCAGCAAACACAGCGGCUUGAGGAACACAACUUGAGGCCGAGUCACUUGUCGCCUCCACAGGGUGAUGUGACCUGCCAUGGUUCAGGAAAUGGGCUUCUUCUCUCAGGCCCAUAUUUAACAGGCUCUGGUGGGGCUGCAGAAGAGUGAAUCGUGUAACGGGGGCAGACGCAGCCCCCUCCUCGACCCCCUGACGUUUGUUUUACUCUUUUUAAUUUACGUUGAGAAGUUGCAUUCCGAAGUGAGUGCGGUUUGCUCAUGGAGUUAAAAGUGGACCCCAAAGCGGUUUCUGGUGGCUCAACAGAUGGCAGAGCCCAACGCUGGGGGUGUCAAGCUGGCAUCUGGGCUGUGUAUUAAAGGUCUUUAUGGAAACAAAUGGGUCUACGCCUAUGAAGAAUCUGCAAAGUGGAAGACCAAGUGGACCUUUAGGUGGUGUGCUUUCUGAUGUGGCACACUAGCCAGGUGACUGUGGCAAAUGAGGACAUGCAGAUGCCCUCGAAGACUGCUGGCCCAGUCUCAGUCCUGACCACAACCUCAUGAGACAUCUGUGAUGAAACCUCAGGAACGCCACCCACUGCUGCUACCCAGCUAGCCUGGCAUGGCUGGAGCAAUUUAGCAAAGAGAACUGGGCAAAAUAAACCAGGAUUGGCCCAACAAGGCCAGUCACCUUAAAAGCCCUGAGUUUGUCGAAUUUGAUUUUUAAUGGUUUGUUAUUUUAUUUUAUUUUUAAAUUUGUUUCUGGGCACAACUGCAAAGAGGGUUUGAUUUACAGAUAAGAAUAUUCAUCAGAAUCCAUGUUAUGCCAAGGUGCUGUACACUCCUGAUGCCCAAACCUGCUGGCACACACACUCUCACCUGGGGAAUGCCAGGUACUGUAGAUCAGCUGGUGUCUCUCAAAUAUGGUGCCCUGCAGGAA